GUGUACUGUGUGGACAAUGAGGAGCCGACGGGUUCCCUACUGGAGUUCCUGGUACCCAAGGACCUGGCUGACGGCUUCGUAAACAACAAGAAGGAGACCUACAAGUUCAGGUGAGCAUCUGGCAAACACGCAUCACAUGCAUCAUGGGUCAUGGCAUUUCUAUUGUCAUUAGGCUUAGAACCUAAAUGCUCAGACACAUUACUACGACGAACGAACAGGUAAAAGCAGCGGAUGGCUGCUAUCCUGUCGCUUGCAGUAGCUGCGGAAGAAGAGUUUGUUUAUUCACCAGUCACAUAACACUGAUUUCUUACUAUACAGUGUAUCAAGGGACACCUAUCUGUUUAAGCAUAGUACAUUUGUAGGGGCUUAGGUUAUGACUUUCAACACUUUUUCUACCACAGCGAUAUGCUCUAAGUUGAAUGAAAAUGCACUUUAGCCGACACUGGUAUAUGGUUGUCACUGUAUGGUCAUGCUGGGAAGGAUCACCCCCCCCCUAAAAAAAAUGAUUUAACCACUAGCUCUAACCCUACCCCUGCGUUUAAGCCUAACUCUAAAUAGCAGCAUCUGAGUACCUCCCCGACCCUUCACUGAAUGCAACAACAACAAAAAUUGGUCCGUCAGAUUGGUCCAGAAAAGGAUGGUUUGGCUUUGAUACUCUGAUUGGUUAGAGACGACCCAAUCGCUAGUUAAUUUGUUUUGUAAAACUCCCCUUGUCACCACAAACAACUUUAGUUAUGGCAGUCUCAGACUAAAGUAUGUAGUGAACGACAGAGCAGUGGAAUAAUUUAGUACAGGCAACAAAAGCAUAGCCCUACUGCUCUUUUCACAUAGGCCCAUGUAAUGGCAAAGAUACAAUGUCUGGUUCACUCUGGCGGUGAAGGCUGCUGUCCUUAUAAUACAGGGCAUAGCCCUUCAUGCCACGCUUCCAAGCCCUCAAUUCACAGUUCUGGAGUCAGCCAAGGCUAUUGAGAGGCCUCUUAACCACAACAGCUUUUUAAUAGAUUGCGGAAGUUCCCUUGCGCCUGUUGAAAUAAAAUUCCACAUGGAUGAGCAUAAAGGGCGGACUGCUCCCGAUAGAUCUUUCCAUGGACAUUAUUUGGGGUGUGGCUGGCUUUGAAGAUGACUCUGCCUAACUAUGGCCAAGGAAAUAAUUUAAAGGGGCAAACGAGAUUGUUACAUCGAUUUUGGGACUUUUAUAUCAGUAAUAUGUUUAUUCUUGAAGGACAUAACUUAUAAAUACACUGUAUGUAGAAAGGUAUGUGGACACCCCUUCAAAUUAGUGGAUUUGGCUAUUUCAGCCACAGCCGUUGCUGACGGGUGUAUAAAAUUUAGCACACAGCCAUGCAAUCUCCAUAGACAAACAUUGGCAGUAGAAUGGCCUUACUCAAGAGCUCAGUGACUUUCAACGUGGGACUGUCAUAGGAUGGCAUCUUUCCAGCAAGUCAGUUGGUCAUAUUUCUGCCCUGCUAGAGCUGCCCCGGUCAACUGUAAGUGCUGUUUUUGUGAAGUGGAAACGUCUAGGAGCAACAACGGCUCAGCUGCGAAGUGGUAGCCCCACACAAGGUCACAGAAUGGAACUGCUGAGUUCUGAAGAGUGUAGCGCGUAAAAAUAGUCUGUUCCCGGUUGCAACACUCACUACCGAGUUCCAAACUGCCUCUGGAAGCAACGUCAGCACAAGAGCUGUUCGUCGGGAGCUUCAUGAAAUGGGUUUCCAUGUCCGAGCAGACGCACACAAGCCUAAGAUCACCAUGCGCAAUGCCAAGCGUCGGCUGGAGUGGUGUAAAGCUCGCCUCCAUUGGACUCUGGAGCAGUGGAAACGCGUUGUUUAGAGUGAUGAAUCACACUUCACCGUCUGGCAGUCCGACGGAGGAAUCUGGGUUUGGCGGAUGCCAGGAGAACGCUACCUGCCCGAAUGCAUAGUGCCAACUGUAAAGUUUGGUGGAGGAGGAAUAUUGGUCUGGGGCUGUUUGUAAUGGUUCGGGCUAGGCCCCUUAGUUCCAGUGAAGGGAAAUCUUAUUGCUACAGCAUACAAUGACAUUCUAGACGAUUCUGUGCUUCCAACUUUGUGGCAACAGUUUUUUGGGAAGGCCCUUUCCUGUUUCAGCAUGACAAUGCCCCCAUGCUCAAAGCGAGGUCCAUACAGAAAUGGUUUGUCGAGAUCGGUGUGGAAGAACUUGGCUGGCCUGCACAGAGCCCUGACCUCAACCCCAUUGAACACCUUUGGGAUGAAUUGGAACGCCGACUGCGAGCCAGGCCUAAUCGCCCAACAUCAGUGCCCGACCUCACUAAUGCUCGUGGCUGAAUGGAAGCAAGUCCCCACAGCAAUGUUCCAACAUCUAGUGGAAAGCCUUCCCAGAAGAGUGGAGGCUGUUAUAGCAGUAAAGGGGGCACCAACUCCACAUGUAAUGCCCAUGAUUUUGUUCGAUGAGCAGGUGUCCACAUACUGUAAGUAAUACCUCGAGCUUACUUCAACUGUAUAGCCUCAAAUCAUGAUUACAAUUAUAAUUUUGAUCUCAUGGAUGGUCAGUUCUUGCAUUCUUAGCUCACUCUAUGAAUUUGAGUGGUUACAUUUCUCUAUCCCCAUCCCUCUUGGGUUUAGUUAAUAAGAUCUUAUAUUCGUAUCAAAAUCAUUUUUUUGCUCGUCCUUUGUAUUGGCCUACUGGAGAUCAUGGGCUGGUUUCCUGGACUCCGAUUUUAAGACUAUAUUUGGACUAAAAAGCGUGCUUAGAAGAGAAUCUCUACCGAACAUUAUUUUCAGUCCAGUAUGUAACCUAUGUCCUGGGAAUCCGGUCCAACGUGUUAAUGUACUGCUGUGUAUAGAAGUGAUGAUUUCUCCUCUAUAUUUAAAGUGCAGUGUGGUAACUCCUUUAUUUUCCCACUUCCCUUCAGGUUCCAAGAGGUGUUUGAUCAAACAGUCAAACAAGAGGACAUCUUUGAAGCAAUCGCCAAGCCAGUGGCAGACAGGUGAGACACCCUUAAACUUGUUUUAAACUUCAACGGUAGAAUGAGUCUUUGUUUAAUGUUUAAUUGUAAUUUGAUGCUAACCAUUUUAACAAGCUACUGUGUUGGAUAUCUGUCUGUCUCAAAGGUAGACCUAAUAACUGGACGACCAAAACAAAACUACCAACAAUUGUAGGCAGGCACUGUUUUGGCAGUGUGAAUCCCUAUUGGGGUUUUUCAACACAAGUAAAGUUGCUUUCUCCAUUGUCUGUGGUCCAUUCUAUUCUAAACUGUGCUGCCCAUCAAGAUUACUACUACCAAAUACUUAUAGAUACAGGUGAGAUAUUUAAGGUGGGCCUAACUUCUCCACCAAGAGAAAGAGGUUGAAAACCAAAAUAGCCACUAAUGACAGAUCUAGGACCAGCUUACUUUACCUCAAACCCUAAAAGGUGAAAGGAAAACUGAUCUUGAGACAGUGCUCGGGAACAAUGUUCACCUACACACCAUUCGUUCACCCCUAGGGCCUCUGUUCAAUGUUGCAGCAAGGCCCGGACCACACAGACUUCGCCAGGCAUGUUGACGGGAAGCUCGUCACUCUGACAAUAAGCUGAGCUAGCGCAAAGAUGGAAAUGAAGGGAGGCUGUGAUUUUUGGCCCAAUCACGACUCCCAAACCAUUAAGUGGAGAGCUGGCAGAUGGGGGGGCACACGCUGCUAUCCUGUGCAUGCGAGAAGCCUCUCGCCGCAAUGCAGCGGGUAUCCUUCGUCGAAGCUCAUCAUAAUUUUUGCUCUGCUGUAUGUAGAGUUCCUAUUUGUUGGGCCACCCCUCCCUAAUUUCCACAUGACACACUUCUAGUGCUCUUCAGUAGUAUUUGUGGCUAGGGUUGCAAAGGGAGGGUAUAUUAUUGGAAAUGUUCUAAGUUUACCAGUAAACUACCAGAAUUUUGGUAUCUUUCAAGGAUUUUAUGUAUCUAUCACAAUACAUCUAGUGGCCCUUUUGGGUACUUAAGAUUAUCACAGGUGUCUGUAAUUAUCUCUGGCCCUCUGUGUGGCCUUAUCACAUGUAAAAUAUAAUAAAUAAUUAAAGUGGAUCUGACAGUGUUUUAGCAACAAGAAAUCUUAUUAAAAUAUGUUCAUAUACACCCCCAGGAAGAAUAUGACACAUAAAAAGCCAGCGCUUAGAUAUGGUCAUUUUCAUGUUUUCAUAGAAUGUCUGAGAAUGACGUAUAGUAAUGGAUUUGUGAAAAUUCUAUAGCAAUAUAGAGUGGGAAAGCGGCCGUGCGUUUGGACAAUUUAAUAGACACUGAAGUAAAUAUAACGUUCUAAAAACAUAUUUCUUGUCCAGGACCGGAGUCUACGCAAACCGAUGCGCCAUAGGGAACUUAGAAAGGAAAACGCUGCACACUACUGCUCAUGCUCCCAGGUGAUUUUAUUUAUAACAAUGUUUCAACCCUUAGGUCUUCAUCAGGCAUCCAUAAGACCUAAAGGUCGAAACGUUAUAAAUAAAAUCACCUGAGAGCAUGAGCAGCGGUGUGCAGCGUUUUUCUUUCUGUUUUCUAUGAGUUUGCCUACAACUCCAGCACCUGCGGAAAGUACCUGGAUGUGCGUAUGUUCUUCAGCUUUUGGCCAUAGGGAACUUGCCUGCCUGCCCGCCUAUUUGAUUGAUGCCAAAUACAUUUGAUUGACAACUAAGAGAUAUGCCAACUGUGGAUAAGUCAUUCAAGUUCAGCAUAGCUAGCAAAGUGAUUCGCGUUUCUAGCUCGCUAACCAAAUGAUCUCUAGCUGUAGCCACUGAAAAAUGAUAUGAAGGGAAAAAGCCGGUCACUCACCCACUCCUCCAAUGACAUGACAUCCUUCCAGCAGCUAUCUAGCUAACGUUAGGCCCCAUAUUCUUAGCUUGCUAUAUAAAUAGCUAGCUACAUAAAUUAGAUAUGCUAGCCCAUGGGUGUCAAACUCAAUCAGUGCACGGGCCAUAUUGAAAAAACACAAUGAAUUCACAGGCUAGAUAUAGCUUAUUUGUUUUUACAAAAAAUUUGCAACUGCGACCCAAAUUGGCCUUUGUUUAUAAGAAAAAAUAUGGCCAUUUGUAAUGUCCACUUAUGUACAUAGGAUGCUGUAUAUAGCAUUUUAAUAUAUUAAAACAAAAGAGAUAAAUAAUAUUUGUCCAGCCUUUGCAGCUAUGCUUGCAUAAUAUGCUGCGACCCUAAUCAAAAAGUAUUUAAUUACUCCAAAUAACAAAAACUUAGCUAUGGGGGGGGGGGGGGGGGGGGGAAAUGAUAAAGAAGGAAAAUGUAUUUUAAAAUCUACGCACAAUACCCCAUAAGGAUAAAGCAAAAACAGGUUUUUAGAAAUGUUUGCAGAAGUAUUAAAAAUCUAAAACAUAUAACAUUUACAUAAGUAUUCAGACCCUUUACUCAGUACUUUGUUGAAGCACCUUUGGCAGUGUCUUCUUGGGUUUGACGCUACAAGCUUGGCACACCUGUAUUUGGGGAGUUUCUCCCAUUCUUCUCUGCAGAUCCUCUCAAGCUCUGUCAGGUUGGAUGGAGAGUGUCGCUGCACAGCUAUUUUCAGGUCUCUCCAGAGAUGUUUGAUCGGGUUCAAGUCCAGGCUCUGGCUGGGCCACUCAAGGACAUUUAGAGACUUGUCCCGAUGCCACUCCUGCAUUGUCUUGGCUGUGUGCUUAGGGUUGUUGUCCUGUUGGAAGGUGAACCUUUGCCCCCAGUCUGAGAUCCUGAGCGCUCUGGAGCAGGUUUUCAUCAAGGAUCUCUCUUUACUUUGCUCCGUUCAUCUUUCCCUUGAUCCUGACUAGUCUCCCAGUCCCUGUCGCUGAAAAACAUCCCCACACCAUGCUUCACCGUAGAGUUGGUAUUGGCCAGGUGAUGAUCGGUGCCUGGUUUCCUGCAGACGUGACACUUGGCAUUCAGGCCAAAGAGUUCAAUCUUGGUUUCGUCAGACCAGAGAAUCUUGUUUCUCAUGGAUUGAGAGUCGUUUAGGUGCCUUUUCUCCUAUGGAUGGUAUUUUGUUGCAGGUUUAGUUUUUUUGGUUAUUCAUUGUCAAGCUUUAAAAACUGAAGCCAGACUGCCACAUUUUAGUAGCCUAGCUAGGACUGUGGCAUGUGUCUGUUUGUACACUUUCCCUCUGCUGCGCGCUGUAAACGGGACACACGAAAGCAGCGCAAUUGAAAUUGAAUUCACCAAUGCGUGCGCAUCAGGCAGUAAUUUCAUGAAGUAGAUGACUCAACUGUUGACUCAUUUAUACUCGCUUGUGUGUCCUAUUUGGCGUGUGGGCUUUGUUUGACACAUUUGCUAGCCUAUUAGCCAUGUUAUGACGGACUUGUGAUUAUUGCCCUUGCUAGUUUGAUUGUAUUGACAUUCCCGGCCUUAGUUACAGUCGUCUGACUACCAACAAAUGUAUCGGUGAAUUAUAUUAAUCAUUAAUUGAUCUGCAUCCAUCUAUUAUUUUGGUAACAAUGCCAUACUGUACGUCAUGGAAUUUUAAGUGAAUUAGAACCUAUUUUUAAAACCUCUCGAAAGUUGGUUUUGAAGCAUAAACUGGGAAUUUGAUACAGUAUUGAUUAUGAUUCUGUUUCAUAUCUGCAAAGUAGUUAAAAACGCUGUCAGUUCCACUUUAAAUACGAUGAUUUUCAAAUUGAAAAUAUAAUGACAAAGCUAUAAAACGCUAUCCUAAAUAUCAACCAUCAAGUGAAUAUCAUCGUUGUUUAAUAUGAGGGUUUCAGCAUGAAAUAUCCUGUAUUUUCUUUUACACACUUGUAUUUAUUUUACUACGUCAAUAUGUAUUUGUUGUCAAUGUUUUUGCGUCAAACUUGUGGCAGUUGUGAAAAAGUCAAUAGUUGGACGAGUUGCUGAGGUAAUUGAAGAUAAUAAACGUCUUAAGAGUGCUGAUCUAGGAUCACGUCCCCCCCAUCCUGUCCAUAUAAUCUUAUUCAUUGUGAUCUAAAAAGCAAAACUGAUCCUAAAUCAGCAGUCUUACUCUGAGACCCGUUGAUACAUAUGACCCCUGGUUAAAAAUAAACAUAUUACUCAUUGUUUCUCAUUGUUUCAAGUCCUCAGCCCCACCCCUCAGAAGGAAUAGCAAAGCCUAUGAUUACCGUGACAAUGAAUCGCGAGUGACAAGGACCUUGUGGUGCGGGAAUCAAACCCAGGUCUUGGGGUUGCGUACAUGUGUAACGAGACCAGUACUAGACCAUGGGGUCUUGCCGGAAGGGUUUCUUGUAUGUCUGCACUGAGUGUUGAUGUUGAUCGAGUCUGUCGUUGUUUGAAGGUCAGUGUGACAUUUGCAAGGACCUGUGAACAAUGUGUUUAAUUGUGGCUUUAAGUGGGACAGCCAGCACAGCCAGAUAUGUCUGUUUUGCUCUAAGGCCAUCAGUGAAUGUUCCCAGAGGAUCCCACUUCUUCCACCAAAUGCCUUUUUUUAUACCAUCUGAGCAUCAUUUGGUGGAUAGGCGCAACAAGUUGAGGAUGUAGGCUACAAGGAUGUAGGCCAGUGGUCACCAACCGGUCGAUCGCAAUCGACUGGUCGAUCUCCAAGGCAUUCCUAGUCGAUAACCAAACAUUUCUGUAAAAAAUACGAUGAAGCCUUCCGUUCCUAUAUAUUUUUUUGUUUCACGCUGUUGGCGGUAGGUGCACUUGAUUCAGCAACCCAAGCACCGAGGUAGAACUCUGCUUACCCGGCAGGCCCAGAUAUCAAAUCAAGUGCACUUAUAGGACUACCGCUGGCCAAUCAGAGAACUCAAAUCACAGUGUCUACACAGUUUCAUCACGCUAUUGAAAAAAGAAAAGAAGCCUAGAGCGGACACAAGUUGAUAAUGUGAUAUUUUAAAACCAUGACUAGAGAGAGACUAAACGAAUGCAGCAAAGAGCUGAAUCAAGCUAGUCGUCUUGACUUCUUUCUUAUCUCAUUCUCGUUGGCACCAAAAGUAAAAAAAAAAAAGUGUUGAUAGGGGACAGAAUGCGGUCGGACCAUCAUAUAAUUGGCAUAUACGUUACUCUUACUGAAUUUCAACGUGGGCGAGGAUAUUGGAAAUUCAAUCAAAGCCUAUUGGAUGAUAAUUUAUUUAUAAUUAGAACAAAGGAAUUUAUAACUGACUUUUUACGACAUAACAUAGGUACAGCGAAUCCCCUUAUUGUAUGGGACACCUUUAAAUGUGCCUUUUAGAGGUCAUGCAAUUCAGUACUCAUCUCUAAAACAAAAGCAAUUUAGGUAAAAAUAGUUUAUACUAACAAAGGAAAUAGAAAGUCUAACAGAACAGAUAGAUGGCAAUAAAAACUGUAACAUAGAGGCUCAGAAUAAAUUAGAGGAAAAACAAAAAGAAAUGGAGAAACUUAUUCAAGAAAGAUCAAGUGUAAUAUAUUAUAAAAUAAAGCAAACUGGAUGGAAUAUGGGGAAAAAUGCACCAAAUUCUUCAACAUAGGAAUGCUACCAAAAAGAACUUAAUGAAACUGGUUACAAUUGACGGAGUCACCCAUGAUUCACCAAAUUAUAUUUUGAAGGAGGAAACAAAGUACUUUAAGCAUAUGUUUUCUUUUCAGUCGCCUCCAUCUCCUCUAACUGAAGCUAAUUGUAGAGAUUUUUUUUCUAUUGAUAAUGUAAAAUUAACAGCCAUACAGAAAAACUCAUGUGAAAGUGAAAUUACAGAGGAGGAACUUCUGGAUGCAGUUAAAGACUUUAAGUCUGGGAAAACUCCAUGGUUGGAUGGCAUACCAGUCGAGGUAUACCAAACCUUUUUUGAUAUACUAAGAGGACCGUUAUUAGCAUGUUUUAACCACUCCUAUGUAAAUGGUAGAUUAUCUGAAACUCAAGAAGAAGGUCUGAUCUCAUUAUUACUGAAACAGGAUACAAGUGGAAAAUAUAAAGAUUCCAGUCCAUUAAAAAAAUUGGAGGCCCCUUACACUUCAGUGUUGUGAUGCAAAUUCUAGCAAAAUAUAUAGCGCAUAGAAUUAAAAAGGUAUUGUCGGAUAUUAUUUAUUCUAAUCAGACAGGUGUUUUUACAUGGAAGAUACUUUGGAGAUAAUAUAAGGCAAGUAUUGGAAACAAUAGAACACUAUGGAAAAUAUGGGAAACCAGGCCUGCUAUUCAUAGCAGACUUCCGAAAAGGCAUUUGAUAAAGUACGACUGGGGUUUAUAUAUAAAUGCCUGGAGCAUUUCAAUUUUGGAGAAUCUCUUAUAAAAUGGGUCAAAAUCAUGUAUAGUAACCCUAGGUGUAAAAUAGUAAAUAAUGGCUAUUUCUCCAAAAGUUUUAAACUGUCAAGAGGAGUGAAACAAGGUUGUCCACUAUCGGCAUAUCUAUUUAUUGUGGCCAUCGAGAUGUUAGCUAUUAAAAUCAGAUCCAAUAAUAAUGUCAGAGGAUUAGAAAUCCAGGGCUUAAAAACAAAGGUGUCAUUGUACGCUGAUGAUUCAUGUUUUCUUUUAAAUCCACAACUAGAAUCCCUCCACAGCCUCAUAGAGGAUCUAGAUACAUUUUCUAACCUCUCUGGAUUACAACCAAAUUAUGACAAAUGUACUAUAUUACAUAUUGGAUCACUAAUAAAUAAAAAUUUUACAUUACCAUGUAGUUUACCAAUAAAAUGGUCUGAUGGUGAUGUGGAUAUACUCGGAAUACAUAUCCCAAAGGAAAUAAAUGAUCUCACUUCAAUACAUUUUAAUAGAAAGUUAGCAAAAAUAGAUAAGGUCUUGCUACCAUGGAAAGGUAAAUACCUGUCAAUUUGUGGAAAAAUCACCCUGAUUUAACUCUUUAUUAUUAUCCCAGUUUACCUAUUUGCUUAUGUUCUUGCCUACGCCUAGCGAACAGUUUUUUAAAUUAUAUGAGAAAAAUAUAUUUAAAAAAAUGUGGGAACGGCAAGCCAGACACAAUUAAAAGGGCCUAUUUAUAUAAUGAAUAUGAAUUCGGAGGACAGAAAUUAUUAAAUAUUAAAGCAUUAGACCUAUCACUAAAAGAUUCAGUCAUACAUUUACAUUACAUUUACAUUUACGUCAUUUAGCAGACGCUCUUAUCCAGAGCGACUUCCAGGAGCAAUUAGGGUUAAGUGCCUUGCUUAAGGGCACAUCGACAGAUUUUUCACCUAGUCGGCUCGGGGAUUAGAACCAGCGACGUUUCGGUUACUGGCACAACGCUCUUACCCACUAAGCUACCUGUUUAGUUAUACUUAAAUCCGAACUGGUUCUCAAGCAAAUUUGUAAGAUUGUCUCACCCAAUGUUCAAGAAAGGCCUUUUUCCCUUUAUUCAGAUUACAACAACUCAUUUUCAGUUAUUUGAAAAGGAAAUCAUCUCCCAAAUGUCACUAUUUGUAAAACAAGCCAUAGAAAGUUGGUUGCAAUUUAAUCCUCCAGAAACGACAGAACAAAUAAUGCAACAAAUAUUGUGGUACUAAUUGACAAAAAAACUUUAUUUUUUGACAAUGUUUAAAAAAGGUAUAAUCUUCGUAAAUGAUAUCAUCGGUAGGACUGGUGGAGUUAUGUCGCACAUGCAGCUAACAAAAACAUAUGGAAAUGUCUGCUCUACCCAAAAUUACAACCAAAUAAUUGCAGCCUUACUGCAAAAGUGGAAGAGGAAAGUGGAAGGGGUGAGAUGUCUGGGUUGACUCGGCCGUGCAUUAAAGAACAUAAUUGGUUAAGGAAAACUGUGAUAAAUAAAAAAGUAUAUCAGUUUCACUUAAGGACCAAAGGAUUGACAGCCGUCCCAUAUAGAUUGCAAAAUAGUUGGGAAGAGAUUUUUUAUGUACCGAUCCCAUGGCAUAGUGUUUAUGAACUGACACGCAAAAUGACACCGGAUUCAAAAAUUAUUAUAUAAAAUUCUUGCUACCAAUAGAAUGUUAUUUAUAUGGGGGAUACAAUCUUCCCAGCUCUGCAGAUUUAGCUGUGAAGAGACAGAAUCAUUAGAUCAUUUGUUUUGGUUCUGUCCAUUUGUAGCUUGUUUUUGGUCACAGGUCCAGGAAUGGCUAAAGGAUUGCAAUAUUUACCUGGAGCUAACCUUGCAGAUAGCAUUACUGGGUGAUCUGAAAAGUCAUAGUCAAUCGAUCAAUAAUAUAAUAAUACUUUUAGCAAAAAUGUUUAUUUUUAAUUCAUAAUCUGUAGAAGCAAUGAGAAUAGAAAGGUUCAGAACUUUGUAAAACAUCACAGUACGGUUGAAAUAUAUAUGGCAAAUAGAAAUCCUAUAUGGAUGGUGUUAAGAGAUAGAUGGGAGGUAUUGAAUGGAGUUGAAGGAUGGGACUAAUAACAACAAAUAAUAACAAGAUAACUAAUAAUGUAAGCAUACUGUGUCCAUAAUAAGUACAUUGCUCAAAAAAAUAAAGGGAACACUUAAACAACACAUCCUAGAUCUGAAUGAAUGAGAUAAUCUUAUUAAAUACUUUUUUCUUUACAUAGUUGAAUGUGCUGACAACAAAAUCACACAAAAAUUAUCAAUGGAAAUCAAAUUUAUCAACCCAUGGAGGUCUGGAUUUGGAGUCACCUUCAAAAUUAAAGUGGAAAACCACACUACAGGCUGAUCCAACUUUGAUGUAAUGUCCUUAAAACAAGUCAAAAUGAGGCUCAGUAGUGUGUGUGGCCUCCACGUGCCUGUAUGACCUCCCUACAACGCCUGGGCAUGCUCCUGAUGAGGUGGCGGAUGGUCUCCUGAGGGAUCUCCUCCCAGACCUGGAUUAAAGCAUCCGCCAAUUCCUGGACAGUCUGUGGUGCAACGUGGCGUUGGUGGAUGGAGCAAGACAUGAUGUCCCAGAUGUGCUCAAUUGGAUUCAGGUCUGGGGAAGGGGCGGUCCAUAGCAUCAAUGCCUUCCUCUUGCAGGAACUGCUGACACACUCCAGCCACAUGAGGUCUAGCAUUGUCUUGCAUUAGGAGGAACCCAGGGCCAACUGCACCAGCAUAUGGUCUCACAAGGGGUCUGAGGAUCUCAUCUCGGUACCUAAUGGCAGUCAGGCUACCUCUGGCGAGCACAUGGAGGGCUGUGCGGCCCCCCAAAGAAAUGCCACCCCACACCAUGACUGACCCACGGCCAAACCGGUCAUGCUGGAGGAUGUUGCAGGUAGCAGAACGUUCUCCACAGCGUCUCCAGACUCUGUCACGUCUGUCACAUGUGCUCAGUGUGAACCUGCUUUCAUCUGUGAAGAGCACAGGGCGACAGUGGCGAAUUUGCCAAUCUUGGUGUUCUCUGGCAAAUGCCAAACGUCCUGCACGGUGUUGGGCUGUAAGCACAACCCCCACCUGUGGACGUCGGGCCCUCAUACCACCCUGUUUCUGACCGUUUGAGCAGACACAUGCACAUUUGUGGCCUGCGGGAGGUCAUUUUGCAGGGCUCUGGCAGUGCUCCUCCUGCUCAUUCUUGCACAAAGGCGGAGGUAGCGGUCCUGCUGCUGGGUUGUUGCCCUCCUACGGCCUCCUCCACGUCUCCUGAUGUACUGGCCUGUCUCCUGGUAGCGCCUCCAUGCUCUGGACACUACGCUGACAGACACAGCAAACCUUCUUGCCACAGCUCGCAUUGAUGUGCCAUCCUGGAUGAGCUGCACUACCUGAGCCACUUGUGUGGGUUGUAGACUCCGUCUCAUGCUACCACUAGAGUGAAAGCACCGCCAGCAUUCAAAAGUGACCAAAACAUCAGCCAGGAAGCAUAGGAUCUGAGAAGUGGUCUGUGGUCACCACCUGCAGAACCACUUCUUUAUUGGGGGUGUCUUGCUAAUUGCCUAUAAUUUCCACCUGUUGUCUAUUCCAUUUGCACAACAGCAUGUGACAUUUAUUGUCAAUCAGUGUUGCUUCCUAAGUGGACAGUUUGAUUUCACAGAAGUGUGAUUGACUUGGAGUUACAUUGUGUUGUUUAAGUGUUCCCUUUAUUUUUUUGAGCAGUGUAUAUAGGUUGUAUUUUGGGAGCUUUUGGGAAAGGGCACAGUUAGAAAGAUAUGGCAUAUAGAAGCAAACCGGAUGGACAUCAUAAACAUGAUCGGAGAGGUUGAGAGUAGAAGAAGUUCAGGAGCAAAAACAAAUAAAAUAUAAUUAUUGUAAAAUUGACUGUGUCCAUAAGGUGUAGAUAGUAAUUAUAGGCUGAAAGUAGAGGCCUGGGCAUUGUUGUUCACUAAUUUACCCCAAGUAGGGAAAGGAUGGCGGGGUUGAAAAGUAAUAAAGGGGAGUAUAUAUUAAAAAAACAUGGGGGAUUGGAAGUGAUGCAGACAAUUACAUUGAUAGAAGUUACAAUCUAUCUGCAAUAUUAAGCUGAUCUACCCCCAUAAAAAAUAAUAAAAAAAUGCUGUUUUUAUGUGUAAGUUAAUGUUUAAGUCGUUAUUCAUCAUUGUCAACACUUUUUUCAACACUUUUAUAAGCCAUAAAAUGCAUGUUCUCCCUACUUUCACUCACGCUACAACCAGCACUGCAGCUGCAAUGAAUGAGUAUAGCAAAGUGUUUUGUUAAGCUUGUAUUGUUAUUAUUAUUAUUGGUGCAUGAGGCAGAAAUAAUGCAUAUUGUUUUGCCAUCAGCUGGAAGACUGUGUCCCCUUUUCUCAGCGGAGGGAGGGAGAGAGAAGGCACGGUGAGUCGGGUGAGAGACCACUGCUCGCUCCCUCCCCUCAGACUGACCAUCAGAUGCAGGUCUUCAGUCCAGUAAAAAAUAGCAAAUUAUAAUGCUCACUCAGCUGUGCCUCACAAGUGAUACAACAAAUGAUCGAUUACCAGUGUGAUCAUCUAUCAUUUAAAAAAUAUACGUACACUACCGUUCAAAAGUUUGGGGUCACUAAGAAAUGUCCUUGUUUUUGAAAGAAAAGCAAUUUUCUUGUCCAUUAAAAUAACAUAAAAUUGAUCAGAAAUACAGUGUAGACAUUGUUAAUGUUGUAAAUGGCUAUUGUAGCUGGAAACGGCUGAUUUUUAAUGGAAUAUCUACAUAGGUGUACAGAGGCCCAUUAUCAGCAACCAUCAGUCCUGUGUUCCAAUGGCACGUUGUGUUUGCUAAUCCAAGUUUAUCAUUUUAAAACGCUAAUUGAUCAUUAGAAAACCCUUUUACAAUUAUGUUAGCACAUCUGAAAACUGCUGUGGUGAUUAAAGAAGCAAGAAAACUGGCCUUCUUGAGACUAGUUGAGUAUCUGGAGCAUCGAUUACAGGCUCAAAAUGGCCAGAAACAAAUAACUUUCUUCUGAAACUCGUCAGUCUAUUCUUGUUCUGAGAAAUGAAGGCUAUUCCAUGUGAGAAAUUGCCAAGAAACUGAAGAUCUUGUACAACGCUGUGUACUACUCCCUUCACAGAACAGCGCAAACUGGCUCUAACCAGAAUAGAAAGAGGAGUGGGAGGCCCCGGUGCACAACUGACCAAGAGGUAGAAUACAUUAGUGUCUUGUAUGAGAAACAGGCGCCUCACAGGUUCUCAACUGGCAGUUUCAUUAAAUUGUACCCGCAAAACACCAGUCUCAACGUCAACAGUGAAGUGGCAACUCCGGGAUGCUGACCUUCUAGGCAGAGUUGCAAAGAAAAAGCCAUAUAAAAAUAAAUAUAAAAUUGAAAAAAUUGAAAACAAGGACAUUUCUACGUGACCCCAAAUUUUUGAACGGUAGUGUGUGUGUGUGUGUGUGUAUGUAUAGAUAGCGAUAUAUAUAUAUAUAUAUAUAUAUAUAUGUCUAUAUCUCAACAUGCUCUGAGAAGAACAACAUUGGCAGGGCAAUUCAAGCGUAGCCAAUAAAUAUAUUGGGCCUAUUUAGCCUAGUGCACAAACCUCAACAUGAACCAAUUAACCUGUUUAAUUGAUUAAUGUUGCUUAGGCUUACAUUUUUAAUAAUAAUAAUAAUAAUAUGCCAUUUAGCAGACGCUUUUUUCCAAAGCGACUUACAGUCAUGCAUGCAUACAUUUUUGUGUAUGGGUGGUCUCGGGGAUCGAACCCACUACCUUGGCGUUACAAGCGCCGUGCUCUACCAGCUGAGCUACAGAGGACCACAAAUCAUGUUUAAAAACAAUUCAGAGCGGUAGAUCUCGGCUUGCAUUUGGACUCAAAGUGAUCUUGACUCAGAAAAGGUUGGCGACCACGGAUGUAGGUUAGCCUAUUCGAUAACAGGCUUGUUUUCAUAUGAUAAAUGUUACAUUUUGGGAAUCGGACAAUUAGAUUCUUAUCAAUGACUCACAUAGGUCUAUUUAAUUGAUGUCACACUUAGUGGUCAAAUCAGCAGAAUUAACACUGAUAUAAACUGUUGUUAUUCUUAUCAUUGUCAAUCUCUCAGUUCAAGUAUUUUCAAACUUGGCAGAGGUAGGCUACUCUUCUUACAUGGUGUCUCAGAGAGUUUUACCCUUGGCCUAAGGUUAGACUAAUUCAGGGUUUGCUCCCAAAGGGAGAAAGGCAAUAACAACGGCAUUUACUUGGAAUUUCCUGCGAUCAAAUGUCUUGAAGUUGUUAUCUGAAUGUUUCUCUCUCCUCAUUUCUCCACCCCUACCAUGCUCAAUUUCUCUUUGUCUCCCCUGCACUCUGGUCCUAAUUCCACCUCUUACUCAUAAUACGGGUAUUUAUGGAAUCCACAAGUGCUUUGCAUUAUCGUCAGUAUUAGGAGACAUAAACAACACGGUGAGAUGUCUGGGUUGACUCAGGGCUCAAAUAUAUUUUUACCUGACUCAGACCAUAGCCUUCUGUCUUCGGUUACCCUUCCAUAGACCUCUGAACAGUUCUCCAAUUGGUUCAGCAGGUCGUGAGACUUUGGCUUAUCAAGACAAAAAGUCACUGGCAUAUAGAUGCCAGCUUUAGGGCCAGGAUGUGGCCCCAUGUCAUUGGGGGGCACUGAUUCAAACGAUGGGUUGUCUUUCUCCAAUGUGAGAUAUUUCUUAGUCAGUUGCCUUGGGUAUAUUGGAUUCGCAUUUAUUGUGAUCUGAUGGAAUGUUCUAGAUUCCUGAAGGUCUUAACCUUUUUAAAUCCAGUCUCGCCAGUGGCUAAAUCAGAGGUGUAAGUAGCCCUGUUGAUGUUUUGCCCCCACUGGUGAUGAAUGGCGAUGGAAUGUAUUCAAAAAAAGCUGACAAUGUUAUGGACACAUGGAGGUAGUCAAAUUCAUUAGGUGUUGAAGAGCCAUGAAUGACACGACAUAGGCGUUUUCUUACCUCAUAUGUACAGUUGAAGUCGGAAGUUUACAUGCACCUUAGCCAAAUACAUUUAAACUCAGUUUUCACAAUUACUGACAUUUAACCUUGUAAAAAAACACCACUUUAAAAAAACACCACUUUAUUUUAAGAAUGUGAGGUGUCAGAAUAAUAGUAGAGAGAAUGAUUUAUUUCAGCUUUUAUUUCUUUCUUCACAUUCCCAGUGGGUCAGAAGUUUACAUACACUCAUUUAGUAUUUGGUAGCAUUUCCUUUAUAUUGUUUAACUUGGGUCAAACGUUUCGGGUAGCCUUCCACAACCUUCCCACAAUAAUUUUGGGUGAAUUUUGGCCCAUUCCUCCUGACAGAGCUGGUGUAACUGAGUCAGGUUUGUAGGCCUCUUGCUCGCACACGCUUUUUCAGUUCUGCCCACUAAUUUUCUAUAGGAUUGAGGUCAGGGCUUUGUGAUGGCCACUCCAAUACCUUGACUUUGUUGUCCUUAAGCCAUUUUGCCACAACUUUGGAAGUAUGCUUGGGGUCAUUGACCAUUUGGAAGACCCAUUUGUGACCAAGCUUUAACUUCCUGACUGAUGUCUUGAUGUUGCUUCAAUAUAUCCACAUAAUUUUCCUUCCUCAUGAUGCCAUCUAAGUGCACCAGUCCCUCCUGCAGCAAAGCACUCCCACAGCAUGAUGCUGCCACCCACGUGCUUCACGGUUGGGAUGGUGUUCUUCGGCUUGCAAGCGUCCCCCUUCUCCUCCAAACAUAACGAUGGUCAUAAUGGCCAAACAGUUCUAUUUGUGUUUCAUCAGACCAGAGGACAUUUCUCCAAGAAGUAUGAUCUUUGUCCCCAUGUGCAGUUGCAAAUCGUAGUCUUUUUUAUGGUGGUUUUGGAGCAGUGGCUUCUUCCUUGCUGAACGUUUUUUCAGGUUAUGUCAAUAUAGGACUUGUUUUACUGUGGAUAUAGAUACUUCUGUACCUGUUUCCUCCAGCAUCUUCACAAGGUCCUUUACUGUUGUUCUGGGAUUGAUUUUUCACUUUUCGCACCAAAGUACUUUCAUCUCUAGGAGACAGAACGCGUCUCCUUCCUGAGCGGUAUUACGGCUGCGUGGUCCCAUGGUGUUUAUACAUGCGUACUAUUGUUUGUACAGAUGAAUGUGGUACCUUCAGGCGUUUGGAAAUUGCUCCCAAGGAUGAACCAGACUUGUGGAGGUCUACAAUUUUUUUCUGAGGUCUUGACUGAUUUCUUUUGAUUUUCCCAUGAUGUCAAGCGAAGAGGCAAUGAGUUUGAAGGUAGGCCUUGAGAUACAUCCACAGGUACACCUCCAAUUGAUUCAAAAAAUGUCAAUUAGCCUAUCAGAAGCUUCUAAAGACAUCAUUUUCUGGAAUUUUCCAAGCUGUUUAAAGGCACAGUCAACUUAGUGUAUGUAAACUUCUGACCCACUGGAAUUGUGAUACAGUGAAUUAUAAGUGAAAUAAUCUGUCUGUUAACAAUUGUUGGAAAAAUUACUUGUCAUGCAGUUUUAAUGACUCCAACCUAAGUGUAUGUAAACUUCCGACUUCAACUGUAUCACAUCUAUAUUUGGAUGCAUCAAGUCUAAUUUCCAGACAUGGUAGCCAAGGCUAUUGCUGAGAAGAGUGUUUCUCUCUAGAUUAUUCUCUUACAUGUAGCCCCCAAAAUUUGUUUACAUUAAAUUGACAAAGGUCAUUUUCAGGAAACAGUGCGGUGUAGCCAGGUCUAGUAGGAAAUCGUUGACAGAAUAAAAAGCAGCUGUUAGAACAUCACACCCACAAGCCUAUGCAAUUCGACACCUAGCGUUUAAUUUACUUUUCCACAUCAAAAAUGGUAAUAGCUGUCAAGUUGUUAUUUUUCGAAGUGCCCAGGCUGGAGCUGCGUUCUCUCUGUAGUUCAUCCAAAAACCACUCAUUUGAACACCAAUCACUGUCUCCACUGAGAUGUAACCAAAACCCACAGCGUUUACAGUCAAGCAACAGUAAUGACACUAAUGAUAAAAUACUUAUUAUGUUAUCUUAUUUAUGCUGAGCUGGCAAGUCGACCUUAGUCUCACUCUCAGCACAUUGUAACAAAAGUAUCACUAGACUGCCCCUGUCCCGGGCAGGAUAGCUACGGCGGCUUUCUCAUGCAACCUGUUGCCUGUCCUUGGGAGAAGUGUGGAGGUGGAGUGGUAACGCUCUCCACCUGAGUAGUACCCCGGGGUUCAAUCCCCACAUCUACCCUUCCUACUGUUCUCCCACUUGCCGGUCUUCCCCUCUGUUUCUAACUUUCUACAUUUACAUUAUUUAGCAGACGCUCUUAUCCUAAAUAAACAUUAAAUGUAAAAAGGAAUAUGUACACUACCGGUCAAAAGUUUUAGAACACCUACUCAUUCAAUGGUUUUUCUUUAUUUUUACUAUUUUCUACAUUGUAGAAUAAUAGUGAAGACAUCUAAACUAUGAAAUAACACAUAUGGAAUCAUGUAGCAACCAAAAAACUGUUAAACAAAUAUUUGAGUUUCUUCAAAUAGCCACCCUUUGCCUUGAUGACAGCUUUGCACACUCUUGGCAUUCUCUCAACCAGCUUCACCUGGAAUGCUUUUCCAACAGUGUUGAAGGAGUUCCCACAUAUGCUGAGCACUUGUUGGCUGCUUUUCCUUCACUCUGCGGUCCAACUCAUCCCAAACCAUCUCAAUUUGGUUGAGGUCGGGUGAUUGUGGAGGCCAGGUCAUCUGAUGCAGCACUCCAUCACUCUCCUUCUUGGUAAAAUAGCCCUUACACAGCCUGGAGGUGUGUUGGGUCAUUGUCCUGUUGAAAAACAAAUGAUAGUCCCACGAAGCCCAAACCAGAAGGGAUGGCGUAUCGCUGCAGAACGCUGUGGUAGCCAUGCGGGUUAAGUGUGCCUUGAAUUCUAAUUAAAUCACAGACAGUGUCACCAGCAAAGCACCCCCACACCAUCACACCUCCUCCUCCAUGCGUUACGGUGGGAAAGUACACAUGCGAGAUCAUCCGUUCACCCACACCUCGUUUUACAAAGACACAGCGGUUGGAACUAAAAAUCUCCAAUUUGGACUCCAGACGAAAGGACACAUUUCCACCGGUCUAAUGUCCAUUACUCGUGUUUCUUGGCCCAAGCAAGUCUCUUCUUCUUAUUGGUGUCCGAAUUCGACCAUGAAGGCCUGAUUCACACAGUCUCCUCUGAACAGUUGAUGUUGAGAUGUGUCUGUUACUUGAACUAUGUGAAGCAUUUAUUUGGGCUGCAAUUUCUGAGGCUGGUAACUCUAAUGAACUUAUCCUCUGCAGCAGCGGUAACUCUGGGUCUUCCAUUCCUGUGGCAGUCUUCAUGAGAGCCAGUUUCAUCAUAGCACUUGAUGGUUUUUGAGACUGCACUUGAAGAAGCUUUCAAAGUUCUUGAAAUUUUCCGGAUUGACUGACCUUCAUGUCUUAAAGUAAUGAUGGACUGUCAUUUUCUUUGCUUAUUUGAGCUGUUCUUGCCAUAGCCCUAUUUGGUAAAAGACCAAGUCCAUACUAUCUUCUGUAUACCACCCCUACCUUGUCACAACACAACUGAUUGGCUCAAAUGCAUUAAGAAGGAAAGAAAUUCCACCAAUUUAACUUUUAAGAAGGCACACCUGUUACUUGAAAUGCAUUCCAGGUGACUACCUCAUGAAGCUGGUUGAGAGAAUGACAAGGGUGUGCAAAGCUGUCAUCAAGGCAAAGGGUGGCUAUUUGAAGAAUCUCAAAUAUAACAUUUUGAUUUGUUUAACACUUUUUUGUUUACUACAUGAUUCCAUAUGUGUUAUUUCAUAGUUUUGAUGUCUUCACUAUUAUUCUACAAUGUAGAAAAUUGUAAAAAUAAAGAAAAACCCUGGAAUGAGUAGGUGUUCUAAAGCUUUUGACCGGUAGUGUACAUACAGUGGGGGAAAGAAAGUAUUUAGUCAGCCACCAAUUGUGCAAGUUCUCCCACUUAAAAAGAUGAGAGAGGCCUGUAAUUUUCAUCAUAGGUACACGUCAACUAUGACAGACAAAUUGAGGAAAAAAAUCCAGAAAAUCACAUUGUAGGAUUUUUAAUGAAUUUAUUUGCAAAUUAUGGUGGAAAAUAAGUAUUAGGUCACCUACAAACAAGCAAGAUUUCUGGCUCUCACAGAUCUGUAACUUCUUGUUUAAGAGGCUCCUCUGUCCUCCACUCGUUACCUGUAUUAAUGGCACUUGUUUGAACUUGUUAUCAGUAUAAAAGACACCUGUCCACAACCUCAAACAGUCACACUCCGAACUCCACUAUGGCCAAGACCAAAGAGCUGUCAAAGGACACCAGAAACAAAAUUGUAGACCUGCACCAGGCUGGGAAGACUGAAUCUGCAAUAGGUAAGCAGCUUGGUUUAAAGAAAUCAACUGUGGGAGCAAUUAUUAGGAAAUGGAAGACAUACAAGACCACUGAUAAUAUCCCUCGAUCUGGGGCUCCACGCAAGAUCUCACCCCGUGGGGUCAAAAUGAUCACAAGAACGGUGAGCAAAAAUCCCAGAACCACACGGGGGGACCUAGUGAAUGACCUGCAGAGAGCUGGGACCAAAGUAACAAAGCCUACCAUCAGUAACACACUAUGCCGCCAUGGACUCAAAUCCUGCAGUGCCAGACGUGUCCCCCUGCUUAAGCCAGUACAUGUCCAGGCCCGUCUGAAGUUUGCUAGAGUGCAUUUGGAUGAUCCAGAAGAGGAUUGGGAGAAUGUCAUAUGGUCAGAUGAAACCAAAAUAUAACUUUUUGGUAAAAACUCAACUCGUCGUGUUUGGAGGACAAAGAAUGCUGAGUUGCAUCCAAAGAACACCAUACCUACUGUGAAGCAUGGGGGUGGAAACAUCAUGCUUUGGGGCUGUUUUUAUGCAAAGGGACCAGGACGACUGAUCCGUGUAAAGGAAAGAAUGAAUGGGGCCAUGUAUCGUGAGAUUUUGAGUGAAAACCUCCUUCCAUCAGCAAGGGCAUUGAAGAUGAAACGUGGCUGGGUCUUUCAGCAUGACAAUGAUCCCAAACACACCGCCCGGGCAACGAAGGAGUGGCUUCGUAAGAAGCAUUUCAAGGUCCUGGAGUGGCCUAGCCAGUCUCCAGAUCUCAACCCCAUAGAAAAUCUUUGGAGGGAGUUGAAAGUCCGUGUUGCCCAGCGACAGCCCCAAAACAUCACUGCUCUAGAGGAGAUCUGCAUGGAGGAAUGGGCCAAAAUACCAGCAACAGUGUGUGAAAACCUUGUGAAGACUUACAGAAAACGUUUGACCUGUGUCAUUGCCAACAAAGGGUAUAUAACAAAGGAUUGAGAAACUUUUGUUAUUGACCAAAUACUUAUUUUCCACCAUAAUUUGCAAAUAAAUUCAUAAAAAAUCCUACAAUGUGAUUUUCUGGAUUUUUUUUCUCAUUUUGUCUGUCAUAGUUGACGUGUACCUAUGAUGAAAAUUACAGGCCUCUCUCAUCUUUUUAAGUGGGAGAACUUGCACAAUUGGUGGCUGACUAAAUACUUUUUUCCCCCACUGUACAUACAUACAUAUACUGUAUAUAUGAUACUUUAUUGCCCAUUUACAUGGAAAUUCAUUCUGUGACGUCAGCAUACACAACACAAUAUAUGACAUGCAGUACGGAAAACUGGAAAGUUAGGACACAAGUCAAACAUUUACAUUUCCACAUAUUCACAUAGUGUCUGCGGCUUACCGUCCAACGGUGCAUUGGGCCUGCAUCUGUCCCAAUGGCUGAUGGAAGGAAACUUGCCUUGCUCCUAUUCUUACUGAACAGUCUGACCUUUUUAAUCUCCUUCCAGUAGCUCCAAACAUUGGGCAAGAUUGUGUGUGUUGGCUCCUCCAUGAUGCGAUUGGCCAUGUCCCUUUCCCGUUUAUUAUAGAGGCCCUGAAGCCCCCUGCACUGCAGCACGCCUGAGGAUCACAGUCUGCCUGAGGAUACCCUUAUUGGCCACUGACAGCCCACAGUACCAGGCCAGGACACAGAAAAUCAGCACACUCUCUAUAUGGCAGGUGUAGUAGUUGGAGAAUAUCCGGGUGUUGAUAUUCAGUUGUCUCAGUCUGCGCAGGAAGGGCAGUCGUUGUUGGCAUUUUUUUUUUAUUGAUGUUGGCAUUAAAAGAUUGUGUUGUCCAUGAUGGUUCCCAGGUACUAAAAACCCCACUCUCUCUACCUCUUCACCACCCAGGACUAUGUGGCUCACUGUGUCUGCCUUCCUCCGGAAACCGAUUAGCAGUUAUUUUGUUUUGUUGAUGUUGAGAGUGAGGUAGUUGUUAUUGCAACAGUCACGGACCCUGUUUACUUCUGUUUGGAAAUGCAGUGUGUCAUCUGAGAGGUCGACAAGGGCGGUGUCAUCUGCAUAUUUCACUGCCAAGCAGUCUGUCGGAACCUCUCAGGUCAUUGGUGUGUAUAGAGAAUAGCACUGGAUGACAGUUCCUUGGGGUUUGCCGGUAGAUGUACACAGAGGAAGGGAUGUUGCGUUGUUGAACAUGACAUACUGCCCCACCGUUCAGCAGGAAGUCCAGCACCCACAAGGUAAUGCUGGGGUCCACCUGUAGGUGGGAGAGUUUGUCACAGAGAAGGUGAGGUUGCAUGCAAUUAAAAGCAGAGAAGUCCAGGAAAAGGAUGCACACAUAAGAGUAAGGCCUCUCCAGGUGUCACGGCACUGUGCAACACCUGAAGGACUGCAUCCUCCGCUGAGCUGUUCUUCCUGUAUGCAAACUGCAUUGGGUUAAGGGCUCCAUCCACACACCUGAGAUGUGUAAGUAUCAAGCGCUCAAUCAAUCAAAUGUAUUUAUAGAGCCCUUUUUACAACAGCAGUUGUCACAAAGUGCUUAUACAGAAACCAAGCCUAAAACCCCAGAGAGUAAGCAAUGCAGAUGUAGAGGCACGGUGGCUAGGAAAAACACCCUAGAAAGGCAGAAACCUGUGAAGAAACCUAAAGAGGAACCAGGCUCUGAGGGGUGGCCAGUCCUCUUCUGGCUGUGCCAGGUGGAGAUUAUAACAGUACAUGGCCAUUAAGGCCAGAUCGUUCUUCAAGAUGUUCAAACGUUCAUAGAUGACCAGCAGGGUCAAAUAAUAAUCCCAGUGGUUGUAGAGGGUGCAAGAGGUCAGCACCUCGGGAGUUAAUGUCAGUUGGCUUUUCAUAGCCAAGCAUUUAGAGAUUGAGACAGCAUGAGCGGGGGGAGGUCCGGUGAACAGGUCAGGGUUCCAUGGCCACAGGCAGAACAGCAGAAACUGGGUCAGCAGCACUACUAGGGAUGGGGACAGCCAGGAGUCAUCAGGCCAGAUAGUUCUAAGGCAUGGUCCUAGGGCUCAGGUCCUCCGGGAGGAGAGAGAGGGUGAGAUGGGAGAAUCAGAAGGAGCAUAUCUAACAUCACACAGGAGAAUUACACCAGAUAUUACAGACUGACCCUAGCCCCCCGGCACAUACACUAUUGCAGCGUAGAUACAGGAGACUGAGACAGGGGGCUAGGUUACGUCUACAUUUACCCCCAGACAGGGACAACCAGGCAGGGAACCCCACACACUUUGACAAAGCACAGCCCCCCACACCACUAAAGGGUUAUCAACAAGCCACUAACUUACUACCCUGAGACAAGGCCGAGUAUAGCCCACGAAGAUCUCCCUACCGCACAAGCCUGAGGACAGGAAGGAUGGAAGAGCGCGCGCAAGCUCCGCUGGACUGUUCUUCUUUAGAACUGGUUGGAUCUCAGAUGUCUUCCAGAUUGAGGGAACCAUGAGUUUUGAUAAGGAGCUGUUUAAGUGAGUGCAAAAGAUGUCUGCCAGCUCAUCUGAGCAUUCCUUCAGUAGCCGUCCCUUGAUGUCUGGUCAGGGUGCUUUGUUGGAUUUGAUUCUCUUGAAGACCCAUCUCACCACCUCCUUCUCAAUGGUUGGCACCUCCCUCCAUCCAGGGCCUGGAGCGCCAAUUUUUCCCUGUCCUCUGCAGGAUUUUCACUUCCUCUUUGUUGUCAGCAGAAAAAGCUGUCUGUUUCAACUUAAGUGUCUGUUUAAGCUCCGCGGUAAUGGCUUUUUUGUUAUUUGGAUAGCAUUUCACCAUCCUUGUAGGGGCUAACAUGCCCUCAUAGAAAUGGAUAUAUGCAGUCACUGCUGAUACUGACUCCUCAAGGGUAUGAUCCAUUAUAAAACUGUCCCAGUUUGUACAGGACAAACAUCCUUGCAGGCUUUCUAUAGCUUCCUCUGACCAUAUCUGGACUGCCCUUUCCUUAAUCUUUUCCUGUUUCACUUUCUGUUUGUAUGUUGGCAGUAAUUUAAUUGCAUAAUUGUCCGACGUGCUCACUGGGGGCUUUUGCAGUGACGUGUAUAUACCCCUUUAUUAUUACCAUAACACAAGUCCAAUUUACUAUCUCCCCAUGGGCUACAAGUGAUAUUGUUCAUAGUUUGGUAGGAUAUUAUGAAGUAAGAAGGAGUUAAAAUACAGUAUAAAUAAAGAAGUGUGGAGGAAAAGAGAGAGAGGAGUAGGCCUAAGGGAUGGCGAAGUGCCCUAAGAAGGGCUUUGCCCGUCUCCAGGAAGACUGACGUGUAAACAGGAAGAAGUAUUUGGAAACACCCAGGCUUAAGUGGGUGAGCCCAGGCCGCAUCAUUAGGCCUGUCGUUAUGACACAUAACCAGUGUCCGUCUUUCCUCUUUUCCCCAUAGCAGGCAUGAGUCAUUCUUGUUAGGGAUAAGCUUUUUCCAAAUGACCCCCUAUUUCCUAUUUAUUGCACUACUUUUGACCAGGGCCCAUAGGGUUCUGUUCAAAUGUAGUGCACUUUAUAGGGAAUAGGGGGCCACUUGGAACGCAGUCCAUAGUGUCUGCCCAACAACGUCCAUCCCAGCUAGAGCAACCCACCCUUCUCAUGAAUGGAUGUCAUUUUUUGUAAAGACUGAUGGAUGAGACCAUUUAUUCCCUUUUUUGUAGAUGGUACGGCAGGGUUUUGUAGAAGGCGUACACGAGUGGAGGAGCCAAGGCUCACCGCUCUAAAAUAAGGGUUUGAAUGUCCCAAACAAAAAUAGCUUGAGGCUGAAUUUUCUGAAAGAUGUCAAUUCAAUGAUUCAGAGUGUGAUACUAUUACUGUUGCUAUAGGCCUUAAAAGUGUAUUAACUGAUAUCUGGUUCCCUAAAAUUGACAUCAUGGUGAGGACAGAAUGUAUCUUAACCUUUGAUCAAAACUGAUGUGACCGGCUUUGUAGUAAUUUAGUAAUGAAAGCCCGUUUUUCAGCCAACCUACUAUAGACCUUUCUUUCCUUCCCACGGACCUUCGUUAGCAAUCCAUUUGGAUGUACAUUUCACUCAAUUACAGGUUCAGGUCUCUUCAAAAUGGUUUCAAUUCCAUGUCGCUCUUCUGCACGUGUGGUGUCUCGUUGAAUGCCAAACCAAAAUAUAGUCUCACCAAGACACCAACCAGACACAAAACCCUGCUGACUGGGCUUGGGCCCUCUCCUUCACUCAACCAAGACAUUCCUGCUCACCGGCAGAUCAGUCUGUCUGUGGCCAUCGCUGUCUGUCUUUCGCUACAAUCUUUUCCUGUAGAUUUAUAGUGUCAGCUUCAAUUCAAUCAAGUGUCGGGGGAGUUUUAGGUUGGUGUCCUCUUAACGGUGGGAUAAUGUUGGCUUACCGGUGCUGGUCCCUCCCUAUCAGCCACUUAAACCAACGUGUCUGAGUGCCUGAGGCUGGUCUAGCGGGUAACGGCACCGCCUGCAGCACAUACAGAUUUAGGAUCUUAAUUUGAGCCAGUUUGUUACAGCAGGAAAAGAAUCCUGCAGCAACAGGAAAUGUGAAUUAUAAUUAAUGGACAUUUUUGUAGGGGUUGACACAUUUUUUGUAAGGGAAACCCAAGUCUGAAAUGUCAAAGUGGAAAUUACAAACUUCAGAAGCCUUUUUAAACCUCAAAUAUACUUAGUUUUACAUUUCCUGAAUUGCAGGAAAGUUCUCCAGCAACAGGGUGAUCACAUUAAGAUCCAACAUCUGUGUACACCACCCCAGCGUGGGUAGGAAUCCCAACCCCACCACUAUUCUGCAUCUUCCUCCCUUCACGGUCUCCUCACACGUUUCCUACUAUCCCUAUCUGAAUAAAAAAACAACGUGUCUGCGAAUAGUGAGUUGGACAUGGUGAGAGAGAGAACGAAAUGGAGGUGGUCCUCAUCAUCCUUAUGUCUCUUGCCCUCUUCCAUUUUUAUGUUGUUGUGGACGUUCAUUUGCCCUGAAACUAUGUAGCUAAGUCUUAGCUUCAGUAGUGAACUCCUUUGGUAACCAGAAUGUUAAUUAGUCAGUAUUAGCACAAGGACAGUAGAUAAAUAGUAGUAUGUUUUAACACUUUGCUCUUGUCUUACAUGACUUAAAAAACAAAGAGAAUAUUUGUGUGUAUUACCUCUUUAGUUUCUCUGUACUUUAUAGAAUAGUUACGCCAUUGUAUUUGCAUCUCAUAAUGGUGGGCAAAUGUUCCUGUGAGUACUGUCUUACCUGCUAGUUAAAGGAACAUUACACUUUCAAUCCGAAGUUUGUGAGAUGUUUUCAGACCUCCAAAGUUGUCUGAUGUCAAGAUGAAACCACGUCCCAUCUAGCCUAUAUGCCUCAAUCCCAAAUGAAUGGAAAAGAUAAGCACAGAAUAAAACCAGGAAAUGAGACGGUGCUCAUCUUUUCCAUUUAGGGGUUAAGUGAGGCAUAUAGCUAGAUCUACACAACCGAUGUCAUUGGAUGUGGUUUCAGCUUGACAUUAGUCUACUUUUGAGGUCUGAAUAUAUCUGACAAACUUUAAUUUAUGAGUGAAAUGUCCCUUUUAAGUUCUCCCUCCAGAAGCCAAUUUGAGCUUGAUGUUGAUCUUGGUUUGUCUGGGCAGUAUGUGGACGGGAUACAACACCCUGCUCUUUCCACACGAUUUAAACCAGAAUAUACACCAGAAUAUACUUUUGUAUACGAUUACCUGUAUAUUAUUAUUAUUAUUAUAGUUACUGUGUAGUGUAUUUGCACCUUGUUCUUGUCUUUCUGGACAGUGUGUUGUUGGGAUACAACGGAACCAUCUUUGCCUAUGGCCAAACUGGCAGCGGGAAGACCUUCACCAUCACAGGAGGCGCUGAGCGCUACAGUGACCGGGGCAUCAUCCCUCGCACGCUCUCUUACCUCUACCAGCACUUCAGCCAGGUCAGUCGUGUGAUGGACCUAAUGCUGUGUAAUUUUGGAUUAUGCUGAUUUACUCCUUUAGGGGAGAAUCCUACCUCCUACUUCAGUCAAAUGUUCACUUAGGACAACAUUUUUCCCACACAAAAUCAGCUGUGCUGUGAACUAACACACUGCCAAAUUCUAAAUAGCGGGAGCUUCGAUACGGUACCUCGCGAUUGCGUUGCGUGUGGCGUGUCUAUCACGCUGUAAUCUCUUGUGGACAGACAGAGGUAACAUAAAUGGUAACUAACGUGGAACUUUUAUUCCAGUGUAGUGAUUUUUUUUGGUCACUGAUCAUUUGGACAAAUCAUGAUUUUGCCGGUGCUUGCAUCUUUCAAAUUUUGCAAGUGGAGGGGAGAUGUGACCCACAGACUUGGCCAAAACAUGCAGAGAGUCGGGGGGUGGAGCUACCGCCCUGCUUCCGCUCCUUGUUCUAGUAUCACAUCUCCCCCAGAACCUAAAUUGAGCAUCUGACGCAAUUACGCAAGAUUUUAGUUCUGGGUUGCCAAGAUUAAUCGCGCUGUAACUAAAUCUCCUGUGGAACUAAAGAUUCUCCUCAUGGAAAUUGUUAAAGAAAAGUUACAACAUAAGUAAUUCUCGAUUAUAAUUUCACUUUCUGUGUGUUCGCUCACAGUGCAUUGCAGUGUGUCUUUGCAAGUGGAAAAUAUCAACUUCAGUCAGUGGUGUAGUAAAAAUAGUUUAAAAAAAAUUGGGGUAUCUGUACUUUACUUUACUAUUUAUAUUUUUUACUACUUUUACUUCACUACAUUCCUAAAGAAAAUAAUGUACUUUUUACUCCAUACAUUUACCCUGACACCCAAAAGUACUUCUUACAUUUUGAAUGCUUAGCAGGACAGGAAAAUGGUCCAAUUCACAUCCCUGGUCAUCUCUACGGCCUCUGAUAUGGUGGACUCACUAUACACAAAUGCUUCGUUUGUAAAUUAUAUCUGAGUGUUGGAGUAUGCCCCUGGCUAUCCGUAUCCUGGUUUGCUUAAAAUAAGGAAUUUGAAAUAAUUUAUACUUUUACUUUUGAUACGUAAGUAUAUUUAAAACCAAAUACUUUAAGACUUUUACUCAAGUAGUAUUUUACUGGGUGACUUUUACCUGAGUCAUUUUCUAUUACGGUAUCUUUACUUUUACUCAAGUAUGACAAUUGCGUACUUUUUCCACCACUGCCUUCAGUCUCCCAUCGACAUCAAUGCAUGACUAAGUGAAAAUUAGACCUUAGAGAGCAUCUAGGCCAUUGACAAAUAUCCUCCAUCUCACUCACAAGUUUUUCCAGGUCGCUCCAGUUGAGGCCGCUUUUAUCAUGUAACCCAUUUUCAAUCAAGUUUAGGCUAUUGCACACAUCCACUAGUGUGUAGGCCAGCUUUAGCCAGAGGAUGUGAGUGACAUAAAUGCAGAAAAUGGCAUGAUAUCCAAUUUAAUCACACCGAGAACAAGCCAAGAAUUAACACGUGAAUUGGCUUUUGAUGCAUCGCCUCUGUAGCUAGAUAAGAAAGAUAAUCUAACAAUCAUUACUAACUUAUAUUUGCAACUAAAUGAGUUUGGAUAGCCCAUACACUACAACUCUUUUAUUAGCAGUGCAUAAUAUGUUUAUUGUUUACAUACCUAUGUUAUGUAUGGCUUAUGAAUGUGUUAAGUCCUUACGAAGGUACCUUUUCAAAUGUGUUACCAUAACCACCUAAAUGGGUCAUUGUAUUGUCUUGUGUUGCUCUAAUGGACAUCUACAGGACAGCAGUAUGGUGUACACCACCCACAUCUCUUACCUGGAGAUCUACAACGAGGUGGGCUAUGACCUGCUGGACCCCCGGCACGAGGCCUCUCGCCUGGAGGACCUACCGUCAGUACCUCCAUCUUUCUUUUACCCUACUCUAAUUAGGCCUGUAUGCUUAAAGAAGUCCUCCAGUGAUUUUUGAACUUUUCCUGUUGAAAAGUACACUAAAGGGUAAAAAAAAAAUGUUUUCAGCAAAAUAGUGUUUUUUUAGACAAAACUGCAAACUUCAAGGAGUAGGGCAUUCAAGGAGUUGGUUUGAUAGGAAGACAUGAUGUCAUCGGCCUCCCCACUUGCUUAAUGAACAAUAGAGGAGCAAUGGAGAACAAAAGAGGAAAGGCCCAACCCCCCACUUGUGUUAUGUCAUGACUUACCUGGACCACCUAUUGAGAUGUCCCUUUUGUUAAGUAAAUCAUGUGUUAAAUUAGGUGAAAAUGAGUCUGGAGUUCCACUCAAUAUAGGCUUGGUACAUCCAUUACUUUUAAAUUGAUAUAUAGCCAUUGAUUCUUGAAGAACUUAUAAAUGCCUCAUGAGCUUUGUUCAACUGUCCUACCCCAUCAGAACCCAAAAUGUAAACCUGUUUUAGUACAUUGUUUGUAAACAAUGCAAUUGUAAACAAACACUGUAGGCUAAAACAAUACUUUUGAUCUCAUGGACGGUCAGUCCUUGCAUCCAUAGCUCUGUCUCUGAAUUUGAAUGCUUACAUUUCUCCAGCCCUGUUGCUCAUCUGUUUAACAAAACAGUGGCAGUGUGACCACUGUUGUUUUUCCAAUUCCGGAAUGCCCUUUUAAUACAAACUAUACGUCUACAUAACAUCCACUAUAUUGUUCUACAUUUAUAUGCACCUUUUCCUUUCCUGUGUUCUCUUUCUCUAUCAGGUAAUUUUAUAUAUAUAUAUUAAAAGGGCAAAUAUAUAUACAGUGAGGGAAAAAAGUAUUUGAUCCCCUGCUGAUUUUGUACGUUUGCCCACUGACAAAGAAAUUAUCAGUCUAUAAUUUUAAUGGUAGGUUUAUUUGAACAGUGAGAGACAGAAUAACAACAACAAAAAUCCAGAAAAACGCAUGUCAAAAAUGUUAUGAAUUGAUUUGCAUUUUAAUGAGGGAAAUAAGUAUUUGACCCCCUCUCAAUUAGAACGAUUUCUGGCUCCCAGGUGUCUUUUAUACAGGUAACGAGCUGAGAUUAGGAGCACACUCUUAAAGGUAGUGCUCCUAAUCUCAGCUUGUUACCUGUAUAAGAGACACCUGUCCACAGAAGCAAUCAAUCAAUCAGAUUCCAAACUCUCCACCAUGGCCAAGACCAAAGAGCUCUCCAAGGAUGUCAGGGACAAGAUUGUAGACCUACACAAGGCUGGAAUGGGCUACAAGACCAUCGCCAAGCAGCUUGGUGAGAAGGUGACAACAGUUGGUGCGAUUAUUCGCAAAUGGAAGAAACACAAAAUAACUGUCAAUCUCCCUCGGCCUGGGGCUCCACGCAAGAUCUCACGUCGUGGAGUUGCAAUGAUCAUGAGAACGGUGAGGAAUCAGCCCAGAACUACAUGGGAGGAUCUUGUCAAUGAUCUCAAGGCAUCUGGGACCAUAGUCACCAAGAAAACAAUUGGUAACACACUACGCCAUGAAGGACUGAAAUCCUGCAGCGCCCGCAAGGUCCCCCUGCUCAAUAAUGCACGUAUACAGGGCCGUCUGAAGUUUGCCAAUGAACAUCUGAAUGAUUCAGAGGAGAACUGGGUGAUUGUGUUCAGUGUUGUUGUCAGAUGAGACCAAAAUCGAGCUCUUUGGCAUCAACUCCAAGAACACCAUCCCCACCGUCAAACAUGGAGGUGGAAACAUUAUGCUUUGGGGGUGUUUUUCUGCUAAGGGGACAGGACAACUUCACUGCAUCAAAGGGACGAUGGACGGGGCCAUGUACCGUCAAAUCUUGGUUGAGAACCCUUAGCCAGGGCAUUGAAAAUUGGUUGUGGAUGGGUAUUCCAGCAUGACAAUGACCCAAAACACACGCCCAAGGCAACAGGAGUAGCUCAAGAAGAAGCACAUUAAGGUCCUGGAGUGGCCUAGCCAGUCUCCAGACCUUAAUCCCAUAGAAAAUCUGUGGAGGGAGCUGAAGGUUCGAGUUGCCAAAUGUCAGCCUCGAAACCUUAAUGACUUGGAGAAGAUCCGCAAAGAGGAGUGGAAAAGAAUCCCUCCUGAGAUGUGUGCAAACCUGGUGGCCAACUACAAGAAACAUCUGACCUCUGUGAUUGCCAACAAGGGUUUUGCCACCAAAUACUACGUCAUGUUUUGCAGAGGGGUCAAAUACUUAUUUCCCUCAUUAAAAUGCAAAUAAAUCUAUAACAUUUUUGACAUGCGUUUUUCUAGAUUUUUUUGUUGUUAUUCUGUCACUCACUGUUCAAAUAAACCUACCAUUUGAUGUGUGUGUGUGUGUGUGUGUGUGUGUGUGUGUGUGUGUGUGUGUGUGUGUGUGUAGAAAGGAAAUACAGUGCCAUACUCAAAAGGCCUAUUACCAAACAAUAUAAAACAAUUUCACCUACCCAUACUGGAAUGAGUUUGAUUAUGUUUUCCAUUUUAGUCAUUUAGCAGACGCUCUUAUCCAGAGCGACUUACAGUUAGUGAGUGCAUACAUUUUUUUCAUAUUGGUCUCCCGUGGGAAUUGAACCCACAACCCUGGCGUUGCAAGCGCCAUGCUCUACCAACUGAGCAUGAGUUAUACUUAGAGCCUAUGACAGGUUCUCGUCUGUCAGGCUGGCUCUGUGAAGCCUCCGGCAUUGUUCCAACUGGCACUCUAUUCCCUAUAUAGUGCACUACUUUUGACCAGAGCCCUAUGGGACUCCAGUAUUUAACAUCCCGCUACCAACUGUUAACUGAUAAAUGGCGAUGUGUGAAGGAAAUGGAUGGCAUUUCUUCUCCUGAUAUUCAUUUCAAGAACUGCCGAGGAGUUCUUCGUCGUCUCACUGCUGCAACGUGAGCUGGCAUUUAUGCGGAGCUCUGGUCGCCAGCUGCUUUUGUGUGUGGUGCCUCCCACUUUCUUUAUCCGUGUACCUCUCACUCCUUUAUUUCUUUCUCUUUCUCUCUCUGUCUCUCUCUAUCAAAACGUUAUUUUAUUUUAUUAAUUUUUUUUGUGAACAUUGGCAACAGAAAAGUUGUAGAGGAUAGUAGAUGAAAGAACUUUGGAUACUUUAUCUUUGUCUCUCUGUUGUCCUCGUCUCCCUAGGUUUGUCUCUUACCCUGUCUCUUUUUAGUAUCUUAUAGACUGGUACAGUACUAUAUGCAUUGGUGCCAAUGCCACAUGUACAUAACCUUCAUUGCAAAGAAUCUUGUGCAUUUCAAUUAAAAAAUAUGAGUUACCCUGCUGACUGAUUGACUGAUGCAAAAAGUUGUAUCGAUGAUUGUAACUGAAAUUAAGUUCUGCUGAGUUGAAUGAAGUUACAAUUUUGUCUUUAUAAGUUCAAACGAAAACCUGUUUACAGUGAGUUUUGCACGACACAUGGUAUUCCCUACUUUGCAAAUAACAUGCGUUAUGCGACUUUGUGCCACCCUGGGAAUAUUGUGCUACACUCUAGGCCCUAUAGCGCCUACAGGGUUUGUGCAUUUACUUCCUGUUCAUGUUUUUCUUUUUAAACUUCUCUUCCUCCUUCCCCUCCUCUCUCCCUCCCUCGCUGUUUCACUCUCUCCAUCCCUCGCUGUUUCACUCUCUCCAUCCGCGGGAGAUUUGGCUCUAGGUUUGAGGACCCACAAAUGACAUCUGGAAAUAGACUGUGCCCACUGUUGACCACGCUGGCCACACUCCUGUUUCAAGGAGAUGCUGUCUCUCUCUCUCUGUUUCUCUCUGCCUUUUAUCUUUGUUUUUCUCUUUCUCUUUUUUCUGGAGUUCUCUUCUCUGACUUUUGUAGUGGUAUUUGUGUGUGUGGUACUAAACACCCUUUGGUUUCUGUUUCUCUCUUUCUUUGUCUCUCUCUCUUUUCUAGAUUUUUAUUCUCUAUCUCCUGA